GCAGUGGAAGUCAAGUUGUCUCUGGAUGCCUUACUGCAGAUGUCAGGCGCUCAGGUGAGGGAUACCAUGCGAAGACUGGGGUCCAGUUCAGAAGAAUGUGCCCGGCUCAGUGCUGCCCUCUCCUGUCUGAAGAGUGUCACUGAAUCAGGAGGCGAACUGAGGGAAGACGGCGCUCCCUGGCUGUCUGAGCCCACGAGGAGGGACAGUGGCUCUCUGCUGACUGCAGACCAGCUCACCGGCUUUGGGACUCCACUUCCGCCCACCCACAGCCCCUCGCCUCUCGCCCGCCCGUCCGCCAUCCACUCCACCCCCGUCAACGCCCUGCGCUACCUUCCUCACCCCCGUUCGGGCUCGGUGUCGGCGGCGCCCACGCCCGAGGCACUGGCGUCGUACGGCUACUGCGAGAGCCCCCUCACGGAUCCGUUCCCGAUGUCCUUUGCCCGCACGGCCCGGCUCCACGGAACACCUCCACGCCGCCCAAUAACUCCGCCCUCCAAGAGGCAGCCCACCAACUGAAGCCCGCCCUGCACCCCUCCGCCUCCGUCGCGCAAAGUGCUGAAUCUCCUUCCCAACAUCACCCUGACGCGCAGCAAAAGCCACGAGUCCCAGCUGGGCAACCGCAUCGAGGACCCGCCCACCAACAAGUGUGUUAAAAAGAACAAGUUGUUACUGAAUAUGCAAGUUAACGGGAAUGGAUGUGAGGACUCGCCUUCUCGUUACACCGUCAUGUCAGCGCGCACCCCCACAGCUACCACCACAGCGUCUUACACCCUGCCCGGCACGCCCACCCUCCUGGAGGAGCACAUCAGCAUUAAGAAUAACGUAGCAGUGCAUCGCAGCUCCCCACAAGCAGUGAGGAGGGACAUCGGCCUCGCGGUCACACACAGGUUUUCAACCAAGUCCUGGCUGUCCCAGACAUGUCAGGUGUGCCAGAAGAACAUGAUGUUUGGGGUUAAGUGCAAACACUGUCGGUUAAAGUGCCACAACAAAUGCACAAAGGAAGCCCCGUCCUGCAGAAUCUCCUUUCUACCAAUCGCCAAAAUUCGGAGGACUGAGUCGGUUCCGUCUGAUAUCAACAACCCCGUGGACCGGCCGUCAGAAUCACCGCAGUUUGGCACACUACCGAAGGCCAUUACAAAAAAGGAUCAUCCUCCGGUGCUGAACCAGCUGGACUCCAGCAGCAAUCCGUCCUCCACCACCUCGUCCACACCUUCCUCCCCGGCGCCCUUCCAGCAGAAACCCCCGAGCGCCACCCCGCCACCCAACCCGUCGCCCAAGGGCCAUCGGGACAGCCGCUUCAAUUUCCCCGCUGCCUGUUACUUUCAGCAUAGACAGCAGUUUAUCUUCCCCGAUGUCUCCAGUCCUGCUCAUUUGCACCCCGAUGUCCUCCACGACACCGUCAGUGAGAUAGAGCAGUCGGCGGAUGACAUACACACUGAUCUGGUAGAAGAUGAAGAGGAAGGAGAGGAGGAAAUAGACGAAGACGAAGACCCCGAAGCGGAGGACGAUAAUGAGGACGACGAGGAGGAGGAUGAAGGGGAAGACGAGGACGACGAGGAGGACAUGAGGAUGAACGUGGGCUCGGACGGCGAGUGCGAUGAGCUGGAUGACCUGCCCGGCUCUCGGGGGAACCAGUGGAAGGGCCCCAUCUCCCGCAAGGCGAGUCAGACCAGUGUCUACCUGCAGGAAUGGGACAUCCCCUUUGAGCAGCUGGACCUCGGGGAACUCAUAGGAAAGGGCCGCUGGGGAAGAGUCCAUAAGGGGCGGUGGCACGGCGAGGUAGCCAUCCGGCUCCUCGAGAUUGACGGGAACAACCAGGACCAUCUGAAGCUCUUCAAAAAGGAGGUGAUGAACUACAGACAGACCAGGCACGAGAACGUGGUCCUCUUCAUGGGGGCCUGCAUGGCUCCGCCCCACCUCGCCAUCAUCACCAGUUUCUGUAAAGGGAGGACCCUGUAUUCGGUUGUAAGAGACACCAAAAACACGCUGGAUAUUAAUAAGACGAGACAAAUUGCACAGGAGAUUGUGAAGGGAAUGGGCUAUCUGCACGCUAAAGGCAUCGUUCACAAAGACUUGAAGUCAAAGAACGUUUUUCAUGAUACCAAUAAAGUCAUAAUCACAGACUUCGGGCUGUUUGGGAUCUCUGGAGUUGUUCAGGAGGGGAGGCGCGAGAACAAACUAAAACUUCCACAUGGCUGGAUUUGUUAUCUCGCACCAGAGAUUGUGCGCAGGAUGAGCCCAGGUAACAACGAGGACCGCCUCCCCUUUUCCACCGCAGCAGACGUGUACGCCUUCGGCACCAUUUGGUAUGAGCUUCAAGCUCGAGACUGGCCAAUCACCAACCAGCAUGUGGAAGCCACCAUCUGGCAGGUGGGGAGCGGCGAGGGCAUAAAGAAGGUCUUGGCGGAGAUCAGUCUGGGCAAGGAGGUCACUGAGAUCCUCUCUGCCUGCUGGGCGUACGACUUGAGGGAGAGGCCGACCUUCACCCAGCUGGCCGACAUGCUGGAGAAGCUGCCCAAACUCAACCGCAGGCUCUCCCACCCCGGACACUUCUGGAAGUCUGCAGAGUAGGUAUCCAGAAGGGAAGGACGUUGUGGAGACACACAGGACGCGGGCACGCAAAAGCAGAUCCCCGAGUUCUUAUUGUGUAUUGUAGUUCUGGUUCCUCGCGGUACAGUUGCUUGACCACAGCCUCCAGGGGUCUUAAUCUUAUUCAUAAAUAGGAUUUGGGAAUUGAUAUUUGUAUGACAUAUUUUGACAAUACCAUAAGUUCUAUAAGGUUUAAGUGUUUCAUCGUUUCUGCGGCGCCUCAGCUCGUCUGUUGCUUGCUCUCUAAUCCAAUGUGAACUUUUGUGUAUGUAAAUGUGAAUUGUAUAAUUUAUUCAUGGUCACAAAGAACUCCCUGACAACUGUCUCACGGCGCGUAUUUGACAGCAAAAUGUUUCGCAGGCCGUGACUUUUUGGCAUGUCACGAGCCACAUCACAGGCACAGUCUGAUUGGAUCCUUUGUUGUCAUGGCAAUUUCCAGUAUCCUAAACAAGGCUGGGAGGGUAAGCGAAGACUCAUGAGACAGAUCCACAAUGACGUAAAGUGUGUGUGUGUGUGUGUGUGUGUGUGUGUGUGUGUGUGUGUGUG